UGGGGUUCUGGAGCUGGGGUUGCCGGCGGCAGCAACAGAAAGGGAGUGAUCCCGGCAAGCGGGUUUUCGGGCAACGUUGAUGGGACCGCGAGGCGCGUUUCUUGAAAUUCCAUUAUCAGUUCUCGCAACAUCACUUUGCGCAGUCAAUUGGCGGAGUUUUGUGGUUUUCGUUUUUAUUUCCCUCUUUGCUGUUUUUAUACAGACAAAUGGGCUGUUUAGUACGAGAAUAACAGCUCUCACGAUGGCGAUAGGAUCCCCUCUCUUUCGAAAAGGGGCCUGCUCCCCCUUGCUCCUUUUCCUCAUCCUGUUCACCACCACGACGGUCUACGCAAGCGUGGGUGAUCGACUCCCCGAAUUUCAACAAUGCGUCCAAGUCUGCAAAACCGAAAACUGCCUCCCGCCCAACACCACCCCCCUCCCGCUCCACCUCCGCCUCCUGUUCUGGACCUGCCCCUCCGAAUGCGACUACACCUGCCAGCACAUCAUCACCUCUACCCGCCUCUCCCGCAACGAGCCAGUGGUGCAAUUCCAUGGUAAAUGGCCCUUCUACCGCCUCCUCGGCAUGCAAGAGCCCUUCUCCGUGCUCUUCUCUCUCGGCAACUUCUGGGCUCACCACGACGGUCUGCACAACCACAUCCUGAAGAAGAUCCCAGCCACCUACUCGAUGAGGCCGUACUACGUCUGGCUGGCGAGGAUAGGGAUGGCGAGCUGGUUUUUCAGCGCGGUGUUUCAUACUAGGGAUUUCAGGGUCACGGAAGAAUUGGAUUAUUUCGCUGCUGGGGCGAGUGUGCUUUAUGGGAUGUAUUAUACUGUUGUGAGGGUGUUUCGGUUGGAUAGGGUGAGCAAAAGGGGGAUGAGGAAAUCAUGGACGGGGACGUGUGUGGGACUGUAUUUGGCGCAUGUUGGGUAUUUGAAGGGGGUGGGGUGGGACUAUGGGUAUAAUAUGGGGGCUAAUGUUGCGAUAGGGGUGGUGCAGAAUGUGCUUUGGACGUGGUUUAGCGUGACGAGGUAUAGUAGGGAGGGGAAGGGGUGGAUGGUGUGGCCGGGGUUGGUGGUGAUGUGGGUGGUGGCGGCGAUGAGUUUGGAGUUGUUGGAUUUUGCGCCGGUGUGGGGGUGUUUGGAUGCGCAUAGCCUUUGGCAUUUGGGGACGAUUGGGCCGGCGGUGGUUUUUUAUCGGUUUUUGGUGAGGGAUAGUGAGGAGGUGUUGAGGAGGGAGGGGAGGCUGAAGGCUUAGCUGGGUGUGCGAGAGGUUGUUGUUGCUGUGAUUGUCUUCGACGCCGUCACCGGAGAUCUCCUUGAUUUCAUCCAUACCGCUUGACCAUCGGACCUUUUCUCUUGUUGCUGAUCUAGCUGAGGGAGAAGCAUAUAUGUAUCUAGGUGGGCUGGACAUAGUAAUCACAUGAAACCAGGUGUUAGUACAUCUUGUAUGUUCCUA